AUGGCAUCGAGUUCAGAAAGUGUCAAUAAAAAGGAGGUAGAAAUAGAAGAACAUAUUCAACAGCUGGAGAAUGUUGGGACUGAGGAAGAAUUGGAGAAGAAAUUGAAUAGUAUGAAUAAGUUCGGUUUCUCCGUAGCGAAUUGGAUGAAAAUACUGUUCAAUAGAGAGAGUACUGAACCUUUUAAAGCCGAAUGGCUUACUAUAGAUGAAUACAAACAGAUGGCGGAGGAGAGUAUGGUAAACGCCUGGAACACUAUCAAUCUAGAAGGCUGGAGGCUGGAGAAACGAGGGUCAGUAAAAGGAGACGUGGUAGAAUCAAAACAGACUGAGCAGUUUGGAAAAGUUUACAGGUUUACGGGUAUGGUCGCGUGUCCAGCAAAAUUUCUGUAUGAAGAAUUUAAAAGCAACCUCACCAAGCUCCCAGAAUGGAAUCCAACCAUACUGAAGAGCGAAUUAAUUAAGGAAAUCGGUCCGGGUAUCGAUCUAUCAUACCAAGUUACAGCGGGCGGUGGCAGAGGUAUAAUCGCGCCCCGCGACUUCGUCAUACUUAGAAGAACGGCUAGCCUCAAUAAAAUGGGGAAAUUAGAUGAUAAUGACCCCUAUUGUUAUAUAAGCAGCGGGGUCAGUGUCACUGUACCGGGUUACCCGCCAUGCAGCGAUUUGGUCAGAGGUCACAAUAAAGUGGGCUGCUGGCGUAUGACUCCCAAAAUGGUUGAAGUUAAUAACAAGUUAGAGCAACAAACUGUCUUCCAAUGGCUAAUGUGCUGUGAUUUAAAAGGUAAAAUCCCCCAAUUUGUACUGGAUGCGGCAUUUGCUACAGUAAUGUUGGAUUAUAUAGUACAUGUCAGGAAAUAUGCAGCAGAAAGCAAAGCAAAGGGGCUCUUCUAA